CGUGAUGUGCACUCGUUCAUUCGUUGCAUGCACGACAUUGACGUGACAGGUUUAUCUUCUUUUACUUUGACAACAGCAAUGUACAUGUAGCAUGAAGGAACCAAGUGAAAAGAGCCAAUACAAAUCUUCCAAAACGUCGUAAGUACCGUACAGAUGCGGAGCUCUGUCAUCCAAAUCUCAGUAUGAGGCAGAUAGAACCAGAAUUAACAGCCGUAGGAAUUCCAAACUCGGCAGUUUCUACGUGAAAGUUUUCUCUGACUUUCAAAUCGCAGCAGCAGCUUUGGACUCUUCCAUUUCACCAUGUCUUUCCUUCUCAAGAAGUUCAGUGACUUUCUCGGCAUCUCCGACCCGGAGUACAUCAGGGCGCCCCCGCUGGAUGGCGAGAUCAUCUAUUGCAAGAACAACGUCUGUGUGCACCCUCCGUCCAGUCUGGCCAAGACGGCUGAGCACUACCCGGGGUACCUGACCCUCAGGUCUCAGGGUAAUGGGCGGGUGGCAUCUUCCCUAAUCCUCACAUGGAUACCCAACUCCUCACUCGAAAAGCACCAGCGGAUGUCGCCUAGGACCUCCCCUAAGCAAUCACCAGUCAAAAAUGAGGAGGAAGAGGAAAAUUUGAAGCCGCACGCAGCUCCAACAGAUGCAGCUGCCAAAGGAGACGCUGAAGCUAGUGUGUCAUCAGAAGACGAUGCCCCUGAAGCUGCUCAUGAUGGUGGUGGGGAUGCGGGGAGACAGAAUCCUGUCGCAAUUUCUGAAAGUUGCCAGGACUCAGAAGCGGAAGGUGAUGGGUCAGUAGAACUUGAAUCUGGCCCAGCAGAGCAAAACAGGUCUGUGUCUGUGGAAAUGGAAGAUAAGAAAAACAAAGAAGAUGCCGAUGAGCUGAACUCAAAUCCUGAAAGCCCUGUCUCUCCUCAGAGGCGAGAUGUUUUUGAGAGACCAUGUGAUACCAGCCCAUCCUCAGAGAGCGACAGCUUCUCAACAGAUGCUCGGCUGGCUCACCUGCUUGGCAACAAGAAUCCCUGCCCUGAGAAAUCUUCAACUUCGACAGAGCUAGAGAGGCCCAAGGACCUGAACGUCGGCCCCGCGGACACAAUGGCAAACAUCUCCAACAGUAAAGUCAAGGAUGAGAGUCUUAGCUCAGCAUCGUCCAACCCCAGCUCCUUGCCCUCUCCUCUCCGCAGUCUGAUGCGGGAUCAGAUGCUCCGUGACCUGCAGGACAGCUCGGACAUGGACUCGGAGGAUCGCGGAGCUUCCGUGUCCUCCUCCACAACCCCAACCACCUCCAACCCUGACCCGGGCUCCCUGCCAUCCAGCCCCGGGAAUGAACCCUUCGACCCCUUCAUCCCACUCUACAACCAGAACACCCCACCGUCGCACAUGUCUCCCGCCAGCCCCAUAGUCAGCCACAAUCUCACCUUCCCGGAGAAUUCCAUCGAGUACACCUCAGCAGGAUCCAAAUCUGCAAGCAAGACUCCCAAGGAGCAGCUGUGCGGCGUCUUCUCAGUCGAUCUGAGCCACAUGCGGUCACUGCGAGUUUUCUUCAGCGGUGAGAACAGCAACAGUGGUCAGUUGGUUAUUGCAAGCCAGGAGAGUCAGUAUAAAAUCCUGCAUUUCCACCAUGGUGGCUUGGAGCGAUUGACCAAAGUGUUUGACCACUGGCAAUGUUGUGUCAAACAGAAGACAAAGAGCAAACUGCUUGACAAGGACAGCGACAAUCUCUACCAUAAGUUCACCAUCCUGCAGUCGAGGAUGAAGCCUGCCGAUUACCACCCCGAGGAAGGGGUUUACGACGAAGUCAACGAGGAGAUGUGGUGGUCAUACCUCAAUGAGAGGGGACAAGUUGAAGACGACUAUGAACUCAGAAAGGCAAUCUUCUUUGGAGGGAUCGACGAGUACCUAAGACGUGAGAUCUGGCCAUUCCUCCUCCACUACUUUGCCUUUGACUCCACCCUGGAGGAGCGCAAUGCCCUGCGAGGGCAGAAGAGGGAAGAGUAUGAGGCUAUCAAAGAGAAGAGGUUGGCAAUGAGUGUGGAGGAACAAGAAGUAUUUUUCCGAAAUGUCAAGUGCACUGUUGACAAGGAUGUAGUUCGCACAGACAGAAGUCAUCCCUACUUUAAAGGAGAGAACAACCCUAACAUCGACAUCAUGAGAAAUAUCCUGUUAAGUUUUGCCGUCUACAAGCCCACCCUGGGCUACACCCAAGGCAUGUCGGAUCUCUUGGCACCUGUUCUGGCUGAGCUGCAGGACGAAGCCGACGCCUUCUGGUGUCUGGUGGGUCUCAUGGAUGACGUCAUCUUUGUCAGUUCACCCAAGGACGAAGACAUGGAGAAACAGCUGGGCUACCUGCGAGCUCUGAUCAAGCUGAUGUUACCUGAUUUCUGGAAUCAUCUUCUCUUCCUCAACGACGCCAUGGACCUUCUUUUCUGUCACAGGUGGAUCCUGCUGUGCUUCAAGCGGGAGUUCAACGAGCCGGAAGCCCUAAAGAUGUGGGAAGCAUGCUGGGCCCACUACCAGACCGACUACUUCCAUCUCUUCAUUUGCCUGGCCAUCAUUGCCGUGUACGGGGAGGACGUCGUGCAUCAGAAACUGCCGUCAGAUGACAUGUUGCUACACUUCAGCAACCUGGCCAUGCAGAUGAAUGGAGAUCUAGUCCUUAAAAAGGCCCGUGGUCUCCUCCACCAGUUCCGUCUCUUGCCCCGCAUCCCCUGCACCCUGGACGGACUUUGCGAGACCUGCACCCCGGGAAUGUGGGACAGCGGCCAUACCCCCGAGGUGGAAUGUGUCGGCCUGGGCGUUCAUGGAAAGGACUACAUUUGCCCGCACAUCAGCUCGGAUGGAGUUUUGCAGUGUGUGGGUAUAAGUCUUCGGAAGUGAUUGCAUUGCCAUUUUCCCUGCACACCACUGCUCAUUACUGUUGCUGUGAUUUGUGCUUGUUUUUUUUUUUCACCAAACUAAAUGCAAGUUAUGUCCUAGUACGUGCAAUAGUUUCAAAAGAUACGGACGGCUGAAGGUAUUUCUGGACAGACUAUGAGCACAGGUGUGGAAAAUGUGGCUUCUAAUUUAUGUUGCACUUUUGUUUUUGAUUUAUAGCACCUCCUUAUCACUCAGUGGGUUUUUUUUUGUAUAGUUGUACCAAUAACCCGUAAGGUUGCCUCGAGUCCUGUGAUAGUGUUGUGAACAUUUCUGUUGUCAAAGGAAUUUUAUAGACUUGAAAAGAGCUUCUGCAAAUUUUAAGCAAUCUUUUUAAGUCAUAGAAAAUAUAAUGCGAAGGAAUAAUAAAGUUGCUGCAGCAUUGUGGGACAAAAAACAGUCAGUCAUGUCGUUUCCGACAUUUUACCAGGUUGUUUUCAGUGGAUUCAUAGAUAAUAUUCUUUCAGUUUUCCUGACCUUGAAACAAUCAGGUUUUUAUAUAUUUCUGUAUGUCUAUUGAAAGGAUGAAGCAGAUGGAGAAGAAAUGUAUGUAUUCUCUUGAGUUACUGUAUCUCUUUGAUCAGAGAAAAUUUUGUGAGGAUUCUGUGUCAUUAGCUUUGGAAAACGGUGUGAUGUUCACCUCUCCAUGACAAAAAUAAUGAUUUUCUUUUUCUUUGAACGUGUGUAAGGCAUAGAAUUUUCUUUUUAAGUCAAAAGUCUGAGAAUUCUCCUUUGUGGUCGUGAACUUUUGAUUUUGUAGUAGAAGAGUGGUGUAACGGGGAGAAAUAUUUGUUUUCUGUUCUUGUGAUGGCAAAUUCGAACAGACGUACUAAAAUCCUUGUUUGUGCCAGCUCUUCCCAUUCGGCAUCUCACCAUGCAGCCUUUGUGAGGAACCUCUCUCGGUUUUUAUUUGAUCCAUAUUCUUUUCUGCCUCUAUUGAACAUUAUUCAUGGUUGGUGUAUUGUAUGGGUCAUUCCAUGAGGUUGGGGCACAAUUUGUGACGCUGUCCAUUGUUACAUGGGUUCCGUACAAACGAACAGCUAUUUCCCUGCAUGUGGAUUCCAAAUAAUACAUCCUGCAAGGCUGAAAACAGAGGUGUGUCAUUUUUACAGAGUAAAUGACCUACUCUGUUGGUCAUGACAGGUGGGAAAAGUUACCCAUGUUAGAAGGACACUGUCACAAAUUGUGCCUAAACCUCAUGGAAUGACCUGUAUGUGACAUUUUGUAGCACUGCCUUGUUAACAUUUACUUAAUGACCAAAUUCUAGCCACACAGCAACUUGUGAAGCUAGGGACCUAUUCCUGUUUACAUAUUCCUUCCGAACAGGGAGUUAUCACAAAUCACGUUGAUGUAUUUGACUUUUGUAUUUUGCACAAAUUUUAUUUACAGAUCGUCACUUGCCUGCAAACGUCAGAUUUUGUUUACUUUAAUACUUUGUUUAGUAAAGGUUGUUUUUCCUGGCUGAAGUCACUGAGCACAGUCCUUUGUGCAUGGUUUAUGUUGAAAAGCACAGGUGGAUAAAAGACGCAGGUGAAGACUUCUGAAACUUUUUCCCAUGUUACUUGUAAUUGAAAAGAAAUCUUGUCUUGGCGAUGUUCCAGAAUACCUGCACAGGACUGUAAGUGUCGCCAAAUUUUUAACCUGCCAGCUGGCCCCUUGUGUACAGAUUUCCAGAUCGUGUUUAUUUGGUCCUCCAACAAAUAACAGUCACUUGAGUCAGCUUACUGGUGUAAGCAAGCUUGGACCUAGUUUGACCAGCAAGCGUCAGUCAACCACUGGUCAAUUUUUGCCCAGUACCCAGGGUACACCUUUUGCAUAGAUUGCCAAGGGGAAUCAACCAGUGGUUUUUUACAAUAGCCUCGGUGGUAGAGUGUACAGGACCUCUGCAUGAAAGUCAUUUCUGGGCAUCCACUCCAGUAACUUGGCCGUGUGUUUUCUCACAAGCUUUCUAAAACUUCAUUUGCUGCACAAAAUGCACCAAGGAGGGAAAACCUUGAUUUUAAAUCACUCCCAGCAAACUUCAUUGAAUUAUUGUUCUGUUCAGUCAGGUGUUCAUGCCAGCUCAUUCAAAGCUGACUUUCAGUCUGUCUUUCUCAUUCAGUCUAACAAAGUUUCGGUGGGUUUUCCUGUAUUUACCUAAGCUGAGCCAGUCAUAUUGAGCACUGCCUUGAAUUUAAUAGUGUAAAUAACAGUAAGCAAUUUAUUUAUUUCGGUAUAUCCAUACUGCCUUUAUUAUAGCUGCCUUGCCUAAGAAUCUUUCAGUAUUUGUCUCUCUAAUCUUUGGAGAUGUUUAAAAUACUGUGCAAAAUUCUGUCUAGAAAUUAAAAACUAAGAAUUAAAAUUCAGCUUAGCAUGUUGUGUGGAUAGCUGGAGGGACUGCACAUCCAUGUGUUUAAUAAGCAGUCUUCAAAGACUUGGUUAGAAAAAUUAAGAUAUCGAGCCCUGUUUUUAACUUACUGAAGCAAAUUUUGUACUCUUUCAAUAGAAGGGUGUGAGUUGAUAAACAGCUUGACUGCUUAGCAGAACAUAGUGUUGACUACUAUAGACAUACAUGUACAUGAGUGCUGAGAUGGGUUCAAAAGGGGCCACAGUCCUUGUACUGUACAGCAGCAACGCAGCGUCGAUUCUGCUUAACCCUAACCCUCCUCAAUCCUUCACCUGUUGGAGGACUGAGGAGUGUUAGGGUUAAUCUUCGUGCAGGAUAUACAGAAUUUGGUAACCUGGGUGCAAAUGUAAUAUAAUAUUGUACCACUAAACAAUAGCUUGCAUUACACUUAGUGUGUACUUUAUAAAUAUGCAUGGAAUUCAGCUUUAUGGUAACUAAUGUUAGCCUUGAAGAUGUAGAUAUAUAAAGAGAAAAUAGAUUGCGUAAUUUAUGUUUUGUGUUAACAGCAGGGAACUUGUUGAAAGCCGAGUUUGGUGUACAGUACUACACAUUCCCAGUACCCUCCUAAUUUCACUGUAAUUAAUUGAUUGGACACAACUUAUAUUAGGCCCACUUAAGGAAAGUUGGUUUCCUGCACAGAAAAAUAAAUAACUCAUUGGCCAAGCAGGGAACCAAUAUUUUUCAUGUCAAAUUAACCCUGUCAUUUCUCCUCAGUAAAAAGUAAUAAUAACUGUUGAAAAAGUACAUUAGCCCUCCUAUGCUAAGAUGCAUUCUUGACACAGUUGUCAUAUCAGUCAAAGUCUGUCAAAUUUCCCAUAUAUGUGUCUGUGUACUGGGGGAAAUUAAUUGGAAGGCAUUUUUGACUUUUUGACGGUUAAAACAGGAGGGUUAGUGGCUGUGGAAUGUUUGUGAAACUGUGCAUAAUUGCCAUGCUAGUCUUGGUGCAAGACGGCAUCAGCAUGGUGGCACAUUAGAUUGCAGUGCAUUAUUGUCUUCAGUGAUUAACUGAUAGAGGGUGCUUUACAGCUCUGAGCCGGCCAUGCACACAAAGUCAGUUGGUGUACAUGUCGGGUUUGUGAAUAUGUACGGAAUACCCUCUACUGGUGAAUCGGGGUGUGUGGGUGAGUGAUGUGAUGGUGGCAGGCGUGCUGGGUGAUUGUACGGCGAGAAAGCAACUUUGAGAACAUCCUGCACUAAGACUACAAUUGUGCCAGAAUGGGAAUCCAAAAUUUUUACGUGUUUUGGCAAAAAUGCACCCCCCUCCUCCUCUUGUGUUUCCAACUUUCCCCCCCCCCCCAUUUAUGCUCCCAAAAUUGCUCACGAUAUCCUUAACCUGUCAAAAUGUGGCGACUGUUUUAAUACUGCACUUGGACCUAGACCCUCCAGACGAGAGGUCCAGGAGUACAUACAAGGGAGAUGGGAGCAGGGGGCAAGGGGGGGCAUGUGUCUCCCAGCAGAGGUCGGUGUCAACCCUGGAAAUUUCCGUUAGUCAUGCCACUGUAUCAGAAACAUCCUUACCAAUUUUUAACCUUGAUUAAUGAACUUUUAAGAUACUGUGCUGAAAUUCUGUUGUAUUUACUUUUCCUCAUGUUUGUACUGAAUAUGAUUGUGGCAAGGAGUUGUGAGCAAAGAUCAUGUAGCACCGAAGGCGCAAGAUGGAUAACUCUGCCCGAAAGGUGUAAUUACCAUGGGCACCAUUUGAGCAAGCGAUACGCCUGUGCCGUUUACGGUAAUGCUUGGGCGCAGGCUCACCAGGUGCAUGUGCCUGCCGCGGCGGCUGCGCCUAAGCAGUAAUAUGCAUUGCGCAGGCGUAUCUCUUGCUCAAAUGGCGCCUAUGCGAUUACAAUGUUUUACGUGUAUUCGCGGUGAAGUU